AUGUUUACGAAUUGAAUCAUCAGUUCUCAUUGAGUUCCCUUGUAACGGAAGAUAUUCCAGAAUAAAAAUGAAACUAAAAAGUGUGUGUUUCUUUUUAACCUUUUUAGUGGCUGCAUCCGCACAGCAGCUGGUGUGCUACACGUGUGAAGACUGCAACAACCAAAUUCCACUUCUUCAACCAUGUGGUGGAUCUUUUCCGGCCCUGGAACCCAUCGUGGGUCAGAGUCCGGUCAUGAGUAUGGACGAUCCCCUACUGACUCCUCCUCCACUGCCGGGUGGCGGUAACUCGGGUGGCAACCCAAUUAAUCCCGGGGACCCCAUUUUGACACCACCUCCAGUCGUGGGAGGCGGAAGUGGUGGCACCAAUGUUGGCAAUGGUGGUGGUAAUCCUUGGGAUCCGAUCCUCACUCCGCCUCCUCUUCCGGGAAAUGGAGGAGUAACCAGUAAUCCUUGGGAUCCCAUCAUCACACCUGCUCCAGGUCAGAUUGGCGGCGAUAACGUAAACCAGGGACUCCCCGGAAAUCCAGUUCUAACUCCACCGACAUUCCCACCAGCCAUGAACAAUAACAACAACGGUGGGUUGCCGGGAAUUUUCACGCCCCCUCCAUUGAUCCCGGCUUGGCCAGCUCAGAAAGCCAUGAAGGCCCAGACUAUCGGCCGUCAGUUCGGAUGUGUCGUGGUUAGGACGCAAGUAAACAAUCGGGAAGUAGUUCGGCGAGGCUGUGCGGUUCUGGAGUCGACCCAGGCCGAAUCUUGUCAGCGAGUGACCGGGGGGCGUUAUCUCCAGUGCACUGUCUGCAGCACUUCGUUGUGUAAUGGACAGUUCUAAUCUUGCCCAUCCAUCAUCCUCCAACCAAGUGGCAUCAGUUGUAGUGGCACCAGAGUGGCAACCGAGUUAUCUUUUCGUUAUGCUAAGUAAGGUAUAAGCUUUAAGG